AUGAGGGCAAUAGUCGUGAUCAUAUCUGUCCCUAUCUCGCUGGUACUGUAUGCUGUUGCCAACGUUGUCUACAAUGUGUAUCUACACCCCCUGAGACGAUACCCGGGCCCCAAAGCCUGGGCCGCGAGCAGACUUCCCUGGUUCUACAAUACGACCAGCGGCCAGAUCCACACGCGACUCACGGCGCUCCACAAGCAAUACGGCCCUGUUGUGAGGAUUGCUCCCAACGAGCUCUCCUAUACCGAGCCGGCGGCAUGGAGGCAGAUUUACGGCCAUAGGUCGGUGGAAAUGCCAAAGGACCUCGACGGUGCCGGGAUCAUGCCCUCCUUCAACGGGGCAUAUUCUAUCGUCAACGCGCCCCAUGACCACCACCUACGCCUUCGACGGGCGAUCGCUCCCGCGUUUUCGGAAAAGGCACUCCGCGAGCAAGAGAGCAUGUUGCAGACUUACGUGGAUCUUCUCGUGUCGCGGCUGAAGGAAACUUGUAAGCGUGGACCUCAGGAUCUCGUGUCGUGGUACAAUUUCGCCACGUUCGAUAUGAUGGGAGACAUGGCUUUUGGCGAGCCCUUCGGAUGUCUGCGCGACGGCCAGAACCACGCCUGGGUCAACCUCAUCUUCAGCAGCGUCAAGUCUUACCCGUGGUACCAGGUGUUUCUUUACUACCGCAUCAUGUCCAUCGCCGCGUUCUUCACCCCCAAGAAGCUAGCCGAUGCCAAACGCGACGCCGACGCGAAUGCCCAUACCAAAGUCGACCGUCGCAUGGCCAUGAAGGCGCUGGCGAGGAAGGACUUUAUGAGCUAUAUCCUGCCAGAAGAGAAUGAUCGGCAGGGCAUGGAAGUGUCUCUCGACGAGAUCAAAGAAACUGCAGCGAUCCUCAUUAUCGCCGGUAGCGAAACAUCGGCGACCCUCUUGUCGGGAGUCACGUAUUACAUGCUCACGCACCCGCUCAUCUACGAACGCGCAGUCAAGGAAGUCCGCGGCGCCUUCCAGACGUAUGCGGACGUCAGCAUGAUCAAGACCGGCGCGUUGAAAUAUAUCCCCGCGAUCGUGCAGGAAACCUUCCGCAUGUAUCCGCCCGCCCCGGUCACGUUUCCACGAAAGGUGCCGGGGGCUGGCGAGGAGGUCCUGGGCCGCUGGGUUCCCGGCGGCACGACAGUGGGAGUUCCUCAGUAUGCCGCGUACCGGAGUCCCAGCAAUUUCUAUCGGCCUGAUGACUUCCUACCCGAGAGGUGGCUCAGUGCGGCUGACCGUGUGGACGGUGACUUGCCUGCCGAAUUGUUCGCCAACGAUCAAGCCCAAGUGUUGCAGCCUUUUUCGUUCGGACCAAGGAAUUGUAUUGGGAAAGCUCUCGCCUACGUGGAAAUACGACUCAUCCUGGCCAAAAUGCUCUGGAGCUUCGACAUGAGCCUGACUCCCCAGCAGGCACAAACGCCCUGGGACGACCAGGGCACCUACAUGAUGUGGGAGAAACAUCCCUUGAUGGUCAAUCUCAAAGUCGUCCAACGAGGAUCAUAA